UGGUGAGGGCAUGGGGAACAAGGCUUCAGGGGUGCAUUGUCCAGCCAACAGCAUGUACAGUGUCACAGCUUCUGCUGUCCAAUCAGCUGCACUGUUAAUCUCCACCUUGUUGAGUAAGGCCCCGCCCAGCGAGGGCUGUGUGUGUAACCCUGGUUACCUGCAGAGUCAGGAUGGCUGUGUGCCGCUGGCUCAGUGCGGCUGCCUCAGUGAACAGCAGUACAUCGCGUCGGGUCAGAAGUUCUACCCUAAGCCUGAUUGCAUGAAACUCUGUGAGUGUCGGGGGGGGAUGGUGUCCUGUGAGGACAAACCCUGCCAGAAGGGGAAGAGCUGUGGAGUGCGCGAGGGAGUGAGGGGUUGCUACGACAACCUGAAAACCCCUGGCAACAAAGGAUAGAAGAGGAGCAGAGAAAUGCAGAGCUUCUUGUUCUAAUGAGUGCAGAGCUGUGUGUUUUUACAGUAAUACGUAGUAAGUAGUUUUACUGUCAUUGUAAUGAUUUUUGUAAUGACACAUUUCAACAGUUCAACUGUCAAAAAUAAAAUCUAUAAAGAUUAUGAUGUGAAUGUGUAUUAAAUCAUCAAUCAAUAAAAUCAUUAGAUUAUU